UAAAACAUUUUCCUUUUAUUUGUUGUAACCAUUGAGAGGACGCUUAUAAUUACGCGUUAUAUUAAAAUUGCGACUUGGCAAUGCGCUAUUCUUUUCACAGCGCCGACUGGGGAUAGCCUCAUUCCAUUCACCCAAAAAUGUGAAUGCAACACCGAGAUUAGAAAAACAGCGAAAUUCAAAUUGCAAACCGAAAAACAAAACAAAACAAAAAAAUAUUUAUUGGAACAAUAUGGAGUUAUUUUAAGAGCCCCGAAAACACGCAACCUGAAUGACACAACAGUGAUAUAAUCGUAAUUUAUACUUAAAAACACUGGGGAUACCCGUACAGAUACAAAAACCUUUAACCGCACUCACCUAAGCCUUUUGCCAAGAUGGCCGUGCAGCUGACACAGAGCUACCACCACUUACCCUUGACGAUCACACCGAUCCUGGGAUCCAAGCCGGAGCACCAGCACCAGCAGCAGCAUCUUCAGCAACCACAGCAGCACCUUCAUCAACAACAGCAGCAGCAACUGCCCCAGCAGCAGUUUAUGAACCAUCAGCAGUUUCAGAAACAGCAGCAGCCGAAUCCACCGCCUAAUCCCCCACAGCCACAGCCUCCGGAUCUUACCUUUCACUGCAUGUGCUGUUCGGAGUUCUUUGUCCACCCGUUGGCACUUUACCAGCACAUGAAUACCUUUCACCCGAACGAGGGUACCAAUGGGGUUCAGGUAGAAAAAGAGCCGGAGGCGGAUGGCCAGGAGGACGAGGACUACAGCUGGAUAUUCGAACCUGUGUGCGAGCUAGCAGAAGAUGGUAGCUCUUCCUCGGAUGAAAACGACAGCAGCGAUGAUGACAGCGACUCCUCAGAUGACUCUUCGGACGAUGACAGCAGCAGCUCCAGUUCCAGCUCCAGCAGCUCAAGCUCAUCCAGCAGUUCCACGCCAACCUCCAAUAGCAACUCAAACACCCAGCAGAGCCAGGAGUGGGUGCAGCCCAUGAGAGGACUAAUUCAAGGGCCUAACCCAAACGAGGUUUACCUCCAAACGUCCGAUCCGCGGGAAUCCACUUCCAUAAUCCUGCUGCAGCCUGAUAUGAACACUCCACAGAUUGGAGUCCCGGAAUCACUCAUACAAUCGCUGGGAGGAGGUUUCACCCUGGCACCCUCUGCUCCUAUCAAGCGACGGCGAGGACGACGCAGCAAGGCCAAUGUCCCGGUUCUCGAUCCUGCCACUGAUCCCGCAGCCCAGAAGUGCUUUCAGUGCUCGCAUUGCGAAGCCAGCUUCCCCAACGCCGGUGAUCUGUCCAAGCACGUGCGCUCCCACAUCACCAACAAACCGUUCCAGUGCUCCAUCUGCCAGAAAACUUUUACGCACAUCGGCAGCCUGAACACGCACAUUCGGAUCCACAGCGGCGAGAAGCCUUAUAAGUGCGAGCUCUGCCCGAAAGCCUUUACCCAAUCAAGUAGCCUGAUGGUGCACAUGCGCUCCCACACGGUUAAGAAGCCGCACCAGUGCCUGUUGUGUGACAAAGGCUUUGUCAACCAUAGCUCACUGCUGCUCCACCAGAAGACGCAUGCCGAGCCGACGGAGACGUUUGUCUGUCCGGAAUGCGAGCGGGAGUUCAAGGCUGAGGCGCUUCUGGACGAGCACAUGCGUAUGCACACCCAGGAGCUAGUCUACCAGUGUGCCAUUUGCCGCGAGGCCUUCCGCGCCAGCUCCGAGCUGGUUCAGCACAUGAAGAACCACCUGGGCGAGAAGCCCUUUACCUGCUCCUUGUGCGAUCGUUCCUUCACCCAGUCCGGCAGCCUCAACAUUCACAUGCGCAUCCAUACCGGCGAGAAACCCUUUCAGUGCAAGCUGUGCGACAAGUGCUUCACCCAGGCCUCUAGUCUCAGUGUUCACAUGAAGAUCCAUGCCGGCGAGAAGCCAUACCCGUGCCCCAUCUGCGGAAAGUCGUACAGCCAGCAGGCGUACCUCAACAAGCACAUCCAGGCCCAUCAGGCAUCGGCUGCUAGAGCCGCUCCUCCAGAAAUCCCAAUCAUACCCCAGCAGCCACAUGAGACGUUGGUUUGCAUUGUCUGUGGAUCGCUGCACGCGGAUGCUACGGCUCUGUCGCACCAUGUAAUCACCCAGCAUGCCGCCCUCCUGGACACCAUGAAGCAACAACCACCCGAAGGUGGAUUUUUGACCGGCGUACAGGAGCAAGAGGCCUAUAUGCAGCGUGUCCAGUCGGUGUUCCAGGAGAUGAAUCAGCAGCCACCACAGCAGCCCAAUCAGCAGCAGCCAGUCGCUCCACCCCAACCAGCCAUUGACUCCACAGGCGAGGAUGAAGAGGAGCCGGAGGAUGACGGCGAUGAGAGAGAAACCCCCGCGGAAGAUGCGGACGAGGAGGUGGAGGAGGAGCUAGAUGAUGAAAAGCCCAUGAGCGAUGACCUGGAACCGUUUCUCGGAGUGCAGGAAGAAGCCAUUCUCAUGGACUCGGACAUCUACUACGACGACUUUGCUGACAUGGACGUGGGCUGUCAGGAGGAAGUGUGCGGCGAUUAUGUUUUAAACGAGGAGGAAGUUUGCACCGAAGAGCUCAUCUAGAUUUAAGCAUCUGUUUCUGCCAUAUUUCAUCAGAGCAUCUCAAAUUCUCAGUUCUUCAGAGGUUUUUUCUUUCGAAGAACAGUGUAGCUAGCUGGCCAUGCCUUUCUAUUCUUCAAGUAUUACUCUUGGUUGCUACUAUAAUUUUAUUUUUUUUACCAGUUAUUCGGAAUUUUUCCAAUUUUCUCAGAAAUUCAGUUACUUAAAGUUUACACAAUUAUUUAAUAAGACAACGUUUUAUACAGAUCGGGGUGUACAGGAGGUGUACACC